CUGCCCUCUGCCAGCGUAAAGCUAUUCCCCCUUGUUGAGGGUCCUUCCCAUCCAAACCUGUCAUUUCCCUGAGUCCUGAUUGGAGGCCACGAUGUUCCUGGCAGGGAGCUGCAUCCAGCCAAUGCAUCCCACAUCCAAGUGCUGAUGUUUGCGAUGGGGCUGGGGUUUGCAGGCAGCUGUAAGGCUUUAAAAAUCAAUCCAGGCCGAAAGGGAAUGGGUGUGAGGUCACGUGGCAGAGUUCUGGGGGAAAAGACCAAAAGCAAAUGUCACCAGAGCUCUGCUGGGCUGCGCCUUGUGGGGGGACAACGUGGCUGUAGGAGAAAAUAGUAAUAUCAGGACAGAUAUUACUGUAAUAAUAGUAAUGCAGGACAGAGAAACCUCUGGGCUCGUGGGGCUGUGUGGGCUAAGAACAAACUUGGGGGAAACAACUGAUCUCUUUACAAGACCCAGCAUUCUAGGAAGGGGAAAACGGAGCCAGUUUCGGGAAGCCUGGGCCCCUGCCAAGCCCCGAGCCACGUUUGACCGGCAGCGCUCACUGCAAGCUCAGCGAGCUCCGUCAGCACAGAGCGGGACGGGAGAAAACCACCCCGACCCCGGGGCCGCCCGUGCCGCCUCACUUCUCCUAUUUUCCGGCUCAAAUAGGGGGAUGCUGCCGGUGCCGGGGUGGGGCCGGCAUGGCUGCGUGGGCGGCCCUGCUGCUGGGGGUGCUGCUGGCGACCCACCGCCCCGGGGACGCAGCUCUCCUGGAAGCCAAUGGCAACCUGAGCUGCCGCUGCCGCAAAACCACCAGAGCCUUCAUCCCUCCGGCGAAAUACGACAGCAUCGAGGUCCGGCCCGUGGGGAGCAGCUGCCGGCGCCUCGAGGUGGUGAUUAAGCUGAAAUCCCUGGAGAAGGUCUGCGUGGAUCCCGAUACCCCUUGGGUGAAGAAACUCUUGCAGGACCUCCCUCACCUGAGGAAGAAAGAGCGUCCCCGCUGAGGAAGCUGCCACCGGAGGGACGGCCAGAUGUGCUGGGCCCAGAACUGCCUCCCCUCCCCAUCCUGCUGCCACUUUACCCCAGUCCUGGGGGGAGCGUCCUCCCGCCUGAUCCCCUGAGACCCUUUUCCCUUGGCAUUUUAUGCCUUUAAACCCUUGACCAUGCCAGUCCCUGCCUCCCUCCCCUCCCACCCCGCGGCCGUGCGCUGGGUGUCCUUUUUGAGCACAAGCCAACAGGUCCAAUAAAGGUGGCAGCCCGA